CCGGGCAGCUCCCCAGCCAUUCCCACUUUUCCUUUCCUUUAUAAACGCCUUUUCCCUUCUCCCAGCUCAUUCCAGACCAGCAGAACUUUGGAUUCCUCGCAGCUCUUCUUCCCUUUUUUUCCCCCCUGCAGUUACUGGCCUGCUGCCAGUCCCUCUCAGGGCCAAAGUUUUAUCUACAGGGAUAUUUUAUUUUCCUUUUCAAGCCCAGCCCAGCUGCACACGGACUAAACCCCCGCUCCUGGGGCGAGCUUCACUCGGCGGAGGAGGAGGAGGAGGACGAGCAGCAGGAGCUGCCUCUGCUCCAGCCCAGGCUGUCAGGAUGGAUUUAUGGCUUUAAAAGGAGUGGGGGGGAGGAAGGAAAAUUCCCUGCAGGAGCCAGAGCUGGCAGCGCAGCCCAACGAAACCCGGAGCGGGGAGCGGCAGGAUGGCUUCGGCAGCCGGACCAUGACCGAGCUCGGGCUUUGCUGGGCCCCCUCAGGUGGAUUUAAGGCAGUUUGGGCAGGACCAGGCUCUGCUAUGUUGGCCAAGGUGCUGUUCUCCCUUCUUCUGUGGCUGCGGUUCGCUGCGGGGCAGGACACACCUGAGCCAGCUCCCCAGCCAUCCACCUCCAACACCGAGGGCGACCUCCUCUUCCUGCUGGACAGCUCCGCCAGCGUCUCCCGCCAUGAGUUCUCCAAAGUCAAGGAGUUCAUGUGGGACCUUCUGCAGCCUUUCACCUUUGGCCCGAGGGAUGUCCAGACCAGCAUCAUCCACAUCAGCACCACUCCCAGCAUGGAGUUCCCCUUUGACCAGCACCUGACCAGCAGCGCCCUGCAGAAAGCCAUCGGGGCCACGCGGCAGCUGAUGGGUGACACCAACACGGGCCAGGCGCUGUCCUACGCCAGGGAAAAGCUCUUCAGCAGCCAGGCUGGGGCCAGGCCAGACGUGCCCAAGGUGCUGGUGUGGGUGACAGACGGCUUCUCCACGGAUGACAUCUCGGAGCCCAUGCAGCUGCUGAAGGACAGGGGGGUGACCGUGUUCAUCGUCAGCACCGGCCGCGGCAACUUCCUGCAGCUGUCGGCAGCGGCCAGCCCGCCCUCGGACAGACACCUGCACUUCGUGGACGUGGACGACCUGCCCAUCAUCACCCCGGAGCUCAGGGAUGCCAUCCGAGAUGUCAUCCAAGCCAACCGGCUGCACGCCACCGACGUCACCUCCAGCAGCUUCCGCCUGGUGUGGCCGCAGCUGCUGUCCCAGGAGAGCGGCUUCUACAGCCUGGAGUACGGCCCUGGAGCCAACCCUGCAGCCAGGAGGAGCCUGCAGGUGCCCGGGGCCCAGAGCAGCCUCGUGCUCAGCCAGCUGGCACCUGGCACCACCUACGAGGUGACCCUGGUGCCCGAGUCCAACGAGCGCUACUUCCCCCCCCAGAGCACCAGGGUCACCACCCUGCCAGGUAAAGGGACAGGGCUUGGGGCACCAGGCUCACCACCCUGCCAGGUACCAGGGUCACCACCCUGCCAGGUACCAGGGUCACCACCCUGCCAGGUAAAGGGACAGGGCUGGGGCACCAGGGUCACCACCCUGCCAGGUAAAGGGACAGGGCUUGGGGCACCAGGGUCACCACCCUGCCAGGUAAAGGGACAGGGCUGGGGCACCAGGGUCACCACCCUGCCAGGUACCAGGGUCACCACCCUGCCAGAGGAAAUCAGCCCAGCUCAGGUUCUCAUCUCAGACUCUGGGCCCCGCAGCUUCCAGGUGAGCUGGGCUCCCGUGCUGGACAGCGUGGCCACCUACCAGGUGCUGUACGGGCCCCUGCCAGGGAACUCAGCCCAGGUGCUGCAGGUGGAUGGCAGGCACAACAGCACCCUGGUGGAGCACCUGGCACCCAACACCACCUACCUGGUGACAGUGACAGCCAUCUACAGGUCUGGGAAGGAGAAAUCCCUGUCAGCCAAGGCCUGCACCCUGGAAGAGGGCUCCAGGGUGAGGCACCUCCGCUUUGAGGACGCGGGUCCGAGCAGCGUCAGGGCUACAGGCACAGGCAGCAGGACAGACUGCAGUGAGCUCCUUCCCAGCAGAGCAAAUCUCUCGGAUGGACAAAGAUUUGGACCAAAAGGAGGAGCCAGGGGAGGAAAGCAGCUCAUCCCCCAGGCUGUGCCAGCCCUGGAGGUGCCCAGCCCAAACCUGGCCCCAGCCAAGCCCUCCCAGGUCUAAAGGCUUGGCCUGGCUGCAUGGAACAGCCAGGGUGACUAAAAGAUGUCACUGAAAGAAAGAUGUCACUAAAAGAUGUCACAAAAAGAAAGAUGUCACUAAAAGAUGUCACUAAAAGAUGCCACAAAAAGAAAGAUGUCACUAAAAGAUGUCACUAAAAGAAAGACGUCACUAAAAGAUGUCACUAAAAGAUGUCACUAAAAGAUGCCACAAAAAGAAAGACGUCACUAAAAGAUGCCACAAAAAGAAAGAUGUCACUAAAAGAAAGAUGUCACUAAAAGAUGACACUAAAAGAUGUCACUAAAUGAAGAUGUCACUAAAAGAUGUCACUAAAAGAAAGAUGUCAAUAAAAGACGUCACUAAAAGAUGCCACAAAAAGAAAGAUGUCACUAAAAGAUGUCACUAAAAGAUGCCACUAAAAGAUGUCAUUAAAAGACGUCACUGAAAGAAAGAUGUCACUAAAAGAUGCCACAAAAAGAAAGAUGUCACUAAAAGAUGUCACUAAAAGAUGUCAUUAAAAGACGUCACUAAAAGAAAGAUGUCACUAAAAGAUGUCACUAAAGAUGUCACUAAAUGAAGAUGUCACUAAAAGAUGUCACUAAAAGAAAGAUGUCAAUAAAAGAUGUCACUAAAAGAUGCCACAAAAAGAAAGAUGUCACUAAAAGAUGUCACUAAAAGAUGCCACUAAAAGAUGUCAUUAAAAGACGUCACUGAAAGAAAGAUGUCACUAAAAGAUGCCACAAAAAGAAAGAUGUCACUAAAAGAUGUCACUAAAAGAUGUCACUAAAAGAAAGAUGUCAAUAAAAGAUGUCACUAAAAGAUGUCACUAAAAGAAAGAUGUCAAUAAAAGAUGUCACUAAAAGAUGCCACAAAAAGAAAGAUGUCACUAAAAGAUGUCACUAAAAGAUGUCACUAAAAGAUGUCACCAAGAUGCCAAAUCCGCCCCCGUUUCACAGAAAGUCGAGCCCCAGGCAGGAGGCAGUGGUGGACCCUCCCUGCUCCCUGCUCUCUGUUCAUUCAAGGUCGAUGCAAGUUUCUUUCUGCAGCUCGUUCAGGACCUGGCUGUUCAUCUUCCCCCUGAAAAAUCCAUCCCUGCAUCCUCCCCGUUCCCUCCAGGGAGCCUGGAAGGAAUGAGAGAGCAGGAACCCCAAAUUCCUGGGGGUGUGCUUCCCUCCAGGAGCAGCUCAGAGCCCAGACAAGCCAGACAGAACCAUCUCAAACAUUCAUUUUUGUUCCUGUGCUCCUGCCUGGGUCAUUGCUCUGGGAGUGCUGCUGUCCUGGUGGAGGUUAAUUAGCCCGUGCUGUCACUAAUUACAGGCAAUAUAAUUCCUCUGCACUCUGAGCACACUCAGCACAUCUCUGGUGUCUUGUCUUGGGCUUCCACCCAGUGCUAAGCUUGAGCUACACUUAAAAAAAUCAAUGUUUUUAAGGAAAAAAAAAAGAGUAAAUCUGAUUAUUUCCCUUUUUCCCCUAAGCUUGAGCUCACUGUCUCAAACCCACUCUGGAAAGGGGAGCUGGAGGGGAAAAAAAAAAAAGAUAAAUUAAUUAUAAAUAUCUAAUGACCAAGCAAAUGGUUUCAAAGUUCAGGGCUUAGGGCUGUAAAGAAAUGUAGAUAUUUCUCUGCUAAACCCCAGCAUCAGGGGGAACACCCUCCCUCAGUAACUCCUGCUGUAUUUUAAAUUUAUUGCUUAUUUUCCCUCCAUGUGGAACUCGGUUUUGAAGCAGUGCUGUUUGUUGGAGAGCCUAAAUUUUAUUUAAAACAGCUUUAAACAUCUCCUUUUGGAGCUGAGAGGAACUUUUAUCCCUGAUUUUGUCUCCUGAGAGCUGAAUCCUUCCUCUGCACCUUUCUGGAGUGUUUUUCCUCGGGCUGCCUUGUUCAGGAGAGGAGGGAGGUGAGUCACUCAUUAACUCCAUAAAGAGAUUUUUCACCUGAUUUGUGCCCUCCUCUGGAAUGUGCAUUUGUGACUGAUUAAUCUCAGUGUGGAAAGGAUCACAAAGCCCCUGGAACCUGCUGAUGCAAUAAAAGGAUUUUGUUUCUUCUUGCUGUAGGACAGAAAUUAAGUUUGCACAACUCCCUGCCUAGUUUAUUAAUGCAUUCAUUUUCAUCCCCUCACAGCUGUAACAAACCCUUUUGAAGACAAUAAAAUAUAAAUACAAGA